GGGCCUGGAGUCCAUGGAGGGCGGAGGGAUUCGGGGAGCCCCACGGUAUCGGCCCCCCCUAUUUUUCCCCUCCUCUUUAAAUUCCUAUUAUUUUAAUUUUUUUCAAGAAAAAUAACCUGGCAGAAAAACCAGGUUAUUUCCCUUCCUCUGUUUGCAUGCUCGUCUCCUCGAAGUUCCUCUCUCCUAUUUUUAAUUUUCCUUUUUUAAAUUUUUCUCUAACAUUUCAAGGGUUCCAAAUUUCUUUCCUCCCCUCAUUCCCCUCGCUUUCUCCAAUUCUUGUAUUCUGCAUUAUUGUGCACUCAAGUUGCUAAAGGAUUCGUGAUUCCUGGGCUGUCGUCUGUGGGCGUAGGCGGGAUCUCUGGUUCGCAAGAUCACCUUGAAAUCGUUAGGAUCCGUUCUUCCUUUCAUAGACCCGCCUUUUACUUUUUGCCUUCAUUGGAAAUUCUGCUUUUCCCCAUCGUGCGAUUUUCCCUUUUUCCUGUUUUUAAGCUUCAAAUACUGUCUUUUCAUGAUGGGAGUCUCCUUAGGUCCUUUUCGGGGGAGAAAAGCGGGGGAAAAACUUAUUUUAAAUAAAAUACAGAAAUGAAAACAACCUGCCUGCCCCUCUUCCAGACUCUUCAAGAUUCAUCAAAGCUGGUAAACAAAGCAAAACAAAGACACUUCUGCAAAAAAAACAAAAACCCAGAAGCGCAUCAAAACAACUCAAACUUAAGGUUUUCCUUUAACACCAAAUCCACCCAGGAAGGAGGCAGGGCGGAAACCCCGCCCCUUUUCACAGCAGCCAAUGGAGGAUGAGUCGAAGCCGAUCCCCCGGGUGGAUCAGGGCAAGAUCCCAGCCGGGAACGAGCAAGCGAUGGCGGCCACGCGAGUCCUGGAGUGGGUUUUUGCGCUUUACUUCCUCACCCACAUCCCCAUCACGCUCCUCAUAGACCUGCAAGCCCUCGUCCCGGAUUUUUACCCGCGAGGACUGACCGAGUGGCUAACCUGGUACACGGCUGCCUUCAAGGACCCCCUGAUGGCCGACCCUCCAUCCUGGUUCCGGUCCUUCAUCUACUGCGAAGCUUUCCUGCAACUCCCUUUCUUCCCAGUGGCCACCUAUGCCUUCUGGAAAGGGAAGCGCAAGUGGAUCCGGACACCGGCCAUCAUCUACGCGACGCACGUGGCCACCACCCUGAUGCCCAUCCUGGCCCACAUCCUCUUCCACGACUUCUCCCACGGCAAGCAUGCCGGCCCGGAGACGCUGCCCGAACGCCUGACCCUCUUGGCCAUCUAUUUCCCCUAUUUGCUGAUCCCGCUCUUGAUCCUCUUCUCGAUGCUCCUCGACCCGCAGUACAGCCAGGAGGAAAAAAGGAAAAAACGGUAAACCGACGGCGGUCUCUCCCUUUCGGAAAUGCCACCCUUCCAUUAAAAAAUAAACAAACAGACAAAGCCAUUAUUUCUUUGUGCAUAAGUGGCCCUCCUGGGAAGAGUCUUUUUCCUCCCUUAGCUUUGCCCUCCAGAAUCACAGCUCGGUAGCUUCCUUGUUGUAGUUCUCUCAAGUCACAUCCGGCCCAUGGCGACCCGACGAAUGAGUGAUCUCCAGAACGCCCUGUCCUCAAAAGCCCUGUUCAGCUCUUGCAAACUUAAGUCUGUGGUUUCCUUUAGGGUGUUGGUCCAUCUCACAUUGAGGUCUUCUUCUUUUCCUACUGACUUCCGCUUUUCCCAGCAUAAUGGUCUUUUCCAGAGACUCCAGCUUAGAUGUACUUAAUAAGUUAUAAUUCUGUGUUACAAUUUUCACUGUACAUUCUAUUUGAAGUAAUUAAAUAAUUAAAGGUGCUUUCUGUUACUUUUUAUAAUAAUAAUAA